AGUCCGGUACCGCGUGGGGCACGGAGGGGCUCACGCACCCAGGAGCUUGCAGGCCUUCCCGAGGGCGUGCCCGCAGCGCGCUCCGCCCCGGAAACACGCCCACUGCCGCCUUGGCGCGCUUUCGAAACGUUGAGGUUUCCUAGCGUCCCGCUGCUUGGGAACUUAUUUCUUGCCUGCCGAGCCCGCCGCCACCCGGGCGCGGCGGGACUCCUAGACCCGGCGCUGCGAUGAAGCGGACCCGCGAGGAGGUGGAUGCGACGCUGCAGAUCGCCAAGCUGAACGCGGCCGAACUGCUGCCAGCGGUGCACUGCCUGGGCUUCGGCCCCGGGGCCAGCGGCGCUGCCGCCGGCGACUUCUGCCUGCUGGAGCUGGAGCCCACGCUGUGCCAGCAGCUGGAGGAUGGACACAGUCUUGUGAUUCGUGGUGAUAAAGACGAGCAAGCUGUGCUGUGCAGUAAAGACAAAACAUACGACUUGAAGAUAGCAGACACUUCCAAUAUGUUGCUUUUCAUUCCUGGUUGUAAAACUCCAGACCAGCUGAAGAAGGAAGAUUCACACUGUAACAUUAUUCACACUGAGAUCUUUGGUUUCUCUAAUAAUUAUUGGGAAUUAAGAAGAUGUAGACCUAAGUUAAAGAAGCUAAAGAAACUUUUGAUGGAAAAUCCGUAUGAAGGACCUGACAGUCAAAAAGAGAAGGAUUCAAAUAGCUCAAAAUAUACGACUGAAGAUUUGCUUGAUCAAAUUCAGGCAAGUGAGGAAGAAAUAAUGACCCAAUUACAAGUUCUAAAUGCCUGUGAGAUUGGAGGUAGUUAUUGGAGGAUUCUUGAAUUUGAUUAUGAGAUGAAACUUCUGAAUCAUGUAACUCAGCUUGUGGAUUCCGAAUCAUGGUCUUUUAGCAAAGUUCCUUUGAAUACAUGCCUUCAGGAACUUGGACCAUUGGAGCCAGAGGAAAUGAUAGAACACUGUCUUAAAUGUUAUGGGAAGAAAUAUGUAGAUGAAGGCGAAGUUUAUUUUGAGUUGGAUGCUGAUAAAAUAUGCAGAGCAACAGCACAAAUGCUACUUCAGAAUGCAGUGAAAUUCAAUCUUGCUGAGUUUCAAGAAGUGUGGCAGCAGAGUGUUCCUGAAGGAAUGAUAACUAGUCUUGAUCAGCUUAAGGGUUUAGCGCUGGUGGAUAGACACUCGAGACCGGAAAUCAUAUCUUUGCUGAAAGUAGAUGAUUUACCUGAGGAUAAUCAGGAACGUUUUAAUAGCCUUUUCUCUCUAAGGGAGAAGUGGACAGAAGAAGAUAUUGCCCCAUAUAUUCAAGAUUUGUGUGGAGAGAAGCAAACCAUAGGUGCAUUACUCACUAAAUAUUCUCGUUCUUCGAUGCAAAAUGGUGUUAAAGUCUAUAAUUCGAGAAGACCCAUUUCUUAAAAGAACAACAGUCUUUUCUUCAGGACUCAAGUUGCUUUAUCAAGUUGCUGGAUACAAGAAAAAUAACUUGUACUUUUAUAUCUGACUUUUAAAAACCUAGUCUUCUAAGGCAUUUUCCUCCUCAUGUUAAGCAUUUUGAAACUACUGUUGUUAUUUCUUAAAUGUUACAGGAUGUAGCUUUCAAAUUACAUUUGUACUAUGUACACAGUGUAAACAAGGACAAAAGAAAGUAUUGUUUCCUAUAUUAUGUCUGAGGUCUCUGUGAUUUACUUAAAGUUUGGCUUUUUAUUUUUAAAAUGUCAAUUCUUUCUUUAGGAUUUGAUGUUCUAAUCAUUAAUACAUUUUAAGUUUUCUAGAGAACUAAACAGUAAUAGUUUCAUAGAAGAGAAUUCUUUAUUCACUUAAAUAUCAUUUCUCAAGUGAGUGAGUUCCCCUCUACUUUUAGCCUUCUACCCAAACUGGAAGCCACUAGGUGCUGUCAAUUAUUUAUAUUUGUUGUUUACAACCCUGAAAUUGGCUGAAUACUCCUCUGCCUGGAGUAGACAUGCACUUUGGGGAAAAAACUGGGUUUAUAAUCCUAUAAUGAAGAAUACUGGCACAGGCAGUGCUCACUCGAAAAUUUCAAGUAAUUUCUAGUUGGUUUUAGAAUGCUUGCUAAAGUUCCUUUAUAGCUUUAUUUUCCUGAUUUGUUUUGGUUUAGAUCAAAGUUCAAAUUAAUUUUAACUUAGCUAAUGAACUGGUCACCAGGACAGUUGGAGCGGGUACAGGCCAAGGUUAAAUGGUCCAAGCUUCAAAACUGUUAAUGGAUAGUCCAUAAUUAAUUAAACAAGGUUUAACUGUUACUGAAGUUUACAAGUUUUUGUUGUCAUGAACAUGAAAUACAAACAUGAUGGCUUUGAAAUGUCUUUCAAUAAAUGUUUCCGCAUUUAUAUGGAUUAUGAUAUAUAUAUACACACAGUCUAUAUA